UAACCAUCCAACCAACACACCUCACCACCCACGGACCUCACCGACUUUACAAUGAGCGACGACAACGACAAUAACAGCAGCAGCAGCAGAGGCAGCCGACCACCGGGGGGACGCAUAACGAGGAUCCCGCCCACCGCACAUCCACUCGAGUACCUCUCGCAAGUGUUCCAGCCGCUGGUAGCGGACGAGCGACACGUACACAAGCCGAACCCGAUCAUGCUGUACCUUGUCCACUGGGGGCCCGAUGCAUACUUGCGCACAGUUGCGAAGGGGACAUUCGCGAUGCUGGAGACACUGCGGGUGGGGAAGGGAAUGACGCCGCGGCAGGAGGAGCUGGACGCGGGGCUGGAGCUGAGCUCGCGGGCGGCGUGCUGGCGCAGCUGGGGCACGCCGGUCGGGGUGGUGACGGGGACGGCGUACCAAUUCUACAAGCUGCGGACGUCGGCGAGCUGGGAGCUGUUCUUCGAGCCGCAGAUGGCCAAGGAGGAGGGCGGCCGGCUGACGUGGGCGGCCUUCCGGCGCGGCUGGAACAACAUGGCCGGCGCCAGCGUCUCCGGCAGCUCGCGCCAGCAGCUCCUCGUCCGCGCUUUCUCCAUCAUCGUCUGGACCCUCACCAUGGAUACCGUCGCCGUCGUCUGGCAGAACUACAAGUCCCUCGGCGUGCUGCGCUCCGACCCCCGUCUCGCCCGCUUCACCCAGAGCCUCGGCAUCUUCACGGACCCCGACUCUCAUCGCGCCGAUGCCGAGAAGCUGCAGACCUUCGAGCAGCAGCAGCGUAAGCAUAUGGCGGAGGAGGCCGCUAGGCGCCAGGCCGAGAGUGGCGGCGAUGGCUCGCCUGUCGCUGAGGGUACCGAUGACUACUACUCCCGCUAUGACCAGAGCUACUCCUCCGGUGAUGAGCAGCGGGCCACUCCCUCUACCUCUAGCUGGGGUCCCCGGUCGGUUGGUUCGUCAACACAGCGCAAUGAGAAGUCCAGCGGCGGCAGCGGCGCAGACUUCUUCGGCGACGACGACGACAGUGCGAGUCCCGUGGCGAAGGAGUAUCGCGGACCCUCGACGACAACGGGUGGAAGUGCUUGGGACCGGGUUCGGAAGACCGCCAUGCAGGGCGCGUCCAACUCGCAGAGCACGGAAUGGUCUCGUGCCCAGCGGGAGAGCGAAACUCACAGUGAGCGCGAGAUUGCCCAGGCUGACUUUGACCGCAUGCUCGAGGCCGAACGGCACGUGGGAUCGGAUUCGGGGAGAAGAAGCGGCGGAUCGAGCACAUGGUAAAUUUCGCUCCUCGCAGCUUGUGUAUAAUUAUAAGAGCGCGCUCUAUUUUCUUUCUCAUUCAACAGACCGGGGUCUCGCAAAUCCCCAUGUGUACGAACAAAUCUCCUCAUGUCAUCUACUGAAGCACUCUCUGGCGUUGUCUUACUUUUUUAGGAGGGCCCACUACUAUCAAACAAUAACACAAACAAUCCAU